CCGAGAGUGAAAACAUCCGAGUUCGGCUUUUCGAAGGACUUGAGAUGUGAUUGGAUCAACCAUUUUGUUGAUCAAACUCUGAAGUCACAUGUUCAUACUAGCAAAUUUUCUUUGUGUUUUACUUCAGGUUAAGUAUAUUGUAGUACAUUUAACUAUAAAUAUUUGUUAAUUUUACUACUUGUAGUUAACUUUGAUAGGCAAUAUUAUUUCCGGUGGAAUAUUGUUGAUAAUUGUUAUUCAUAAGACUCCUAAAAAUGAAUGCUGACAAAUUGAAAAAACUCGGUGAUCAAGUGAGAAUAGGCGGUAAAGGCACGCCGCGACGAAAGAAGAAGGUUGUACACACAACAGCAGCCACAGACGACAAAAAACUCCAAAGUACGCUAAAGAAAUUGGCCGUCAACACAAUACCUGGAAUUGAAGAAGUAAAUAUGAUCAAAGAUGAUGGUACGGUGAUACAUUUUAACAAUCCAAAGGCACAAGCUUCCCUUGCAGCAAACACAUUUGCUAUUACGGGGCAUGGUGAUACGAAAUCAAUGUCCGAACUGUUGCCUGGCAUAUUAAACCAGUUGGGUCAUGAAGAAAUUGGCCAACUUAAACGUUACGCCAGCGGAUUUGCUACUACUAAUCUCAUGGGUAAGACAUUAAUUGAAGAUGACGAUGAAGUGCCAGAUUUGGUCGGUAAUUUUGAUGAAGCCAGCAAAGAAGAAGUGGUCGCAAAGGAAUCAUCCGAAGAAAAGCCAGACAGUUCUGAAAAGUCAGUUGUCGAAGAAAUUGCAGAGAGCUCAAAGAAGGAAUAAUAUUGGUAAACAUAUACUUAUUUUUAAGGUUUCUCUUUUUUUAUGACCAACAUUUUAGUUACUGACUGACUUUUAGAUAUGUUACUUUCUAAUUAUCAUUUACAUAUUAUAUUUAUAACAAUUCAGUUCAAUAAACCAAUUAAUAACUAUUUUGAUCAUGUUUUCUUUUGUCUUAAAAUAUUUUUAAUCUUUUAAAUUCAAGAAAGUAAGAAAUAAAUUUCAAAAUAUUAUUCAAGUGAUUGACACAUUUAAAAAUGAAACAAUAAAGAUACGUAUGUAAUAAACCAAGUUAUUUUUAAAAGGUUAUGUUUUGUAAUAUUAUUGUUAUGUUUUGAUAUUUUAAAAAAUAAAAUUGAAUACAGCAAAAUUAAAAUGAAAAAUUAAAGAAUGAUUAAUGAAUAAUUAGAAUUAUUUUUAUCAUUUUAAAACAUUUGGGGACAUGUAAUCAUAAUUUAUGGAUAUUUAAUAUUAUCGCUUGCCAAAAUCUCUAUGAUUUUGUUCACGAUCCGAGAGAUAUAAACAUUACCAAUUUUACUACAAACCAGAAACUGAAUGAUUCUUUAUCAAAUAAAUAAUAAUAAUUUUAUCCUACAAUGAAAACAUCACAACUCUAAAAAUGAGCUAAGUAUAUGAAAAAUGGGCUGAAUAUUCUUCAGUUUCUAAAAUAAAUUGUUUUUUCAUGAAUUCUUUAAUGGAUAAAUAGUCCACAUUUUUCAUCCUCGUUGCGCUGCAUAAAGCCAAUAAAAAUAUGUAAUAAUUUAAAAAAUCUGUUCUCUAAUUAUAAUAAGUAAUUAAUCUUCUUUAGUUAAUCAUUAUUUCUGAAAAUUAAUUAUUUGACAGUUACUAUCUUCUUGGUUUGUUCAGCUAUUUUUCUUGCCUUUAGCAUAUUUUAUAAAUUUUCAUUAAUUGCAAAGUAAACUGUAAAUACAAACUAUUUUUAUAUCCAGAAGAUCCCUUCCCAAUACUUUUGGUAGGUUAAAUAAUGCUUUUCUAUAAAUAAUUGGACCUAAUCUCAAUAAAGAACAUACUGGAGUUUUGGUUAGUUACAUUUAUAAUUAGUUUUAAUUUUAUGAAUAAAUGGACAUUUUUCUCAUAUCUUCAAUAUAAUAUGUGAUCCAAUUAAGUUUUCAAACAUUAGAAUACACCGUUAUAUCUUCAUUGCAGAACUAAUACCUCAAUCUACAAAAAUAUAAAAAAAUGUAUAGUAUACAUCAAAACAUACAGAAAAUAACUAACUAUAAAUACAAGGUAUUAGUUGUGCAAUGACUGUUAAAUAUAAUUUGUCUGUUAUAAUACUUGAUGAGUUAAAUGUCUUAAAAUUAAAUAAAACAUUUUAUAUAAUUAGGAACGUAGCUAUCUAUUUAAAUAUUUUCUGUUGAAAUGAUUGAAUUAUUGUAUAAAACUUGCUCAAUAAAAUAUAUUUACCUAAUGUGUUUAAUGUCUAUUAUUCUAAAAUAACUGGAAAAAAAGAAAGCUAAAAAACAAGCAGGACUGGAAAUCGAACAACCAGUUUUUCAUUUAGCAGGUGAUUGCUCCAAUUAUUGAGCUACAUAGGGUACUUUUUUUUUUUGUUAGACUUAAAAUGCCUAUUGUAGUGGUUUGAUUGAUACGGAUGUACAGUAUACUUAUUAGUUUUGUUAGUGAAUGCUGUAAUAAGAUUCAAUAAUUUUACUUCCAAAAAGAAAUAGUCUUAUUCUUGAAUUAUUUUCUUAGUCUUAAUUUAUACUAAAUAUGGCUAUAUAUUCUAUAUUUUUUAAACUUAUCAUUCUACUGUUUAAUUUCUAUCUGUUUGCAAUGUAUAAAACUCAGUUAAAAACUACUUAAAAUUAUAUUCUAAUUACUGACUUCUUAGUUUUACCAAAGUUUAUUAACACAUCACUUUUUUUUUAUAUUUCAGGAUUGGUGACUAAGAGAACACAUAUUGAGAAAAUUUCUGUUUCGCAGUAGUGACUAUAAUCAAUCAUAACUUUAUUACAACUUAAAACAAUAGCAUUUAUUUCGGAAAUUUCAUAUAACUGUACAUUCGAAAAUUUAUAAAUACUUCAUUCACCUGUAAAUCACUAUAUAUUUUGUUUGAUGUACUUUGGAUAAGUAUAAAUAAAAUAUAAUAUUAUUACCAAAAAUUAGUUACUUAUCUUAAUUAAAAUUUUAGGCCGAAAGCCUUAUAUAUAUAUAAAUAGAUUCUGGCUCCUUACCUACAUAGUCUAAUUCACUCAUAUACCUAUCAGUAAGUUCUAUGGUGGAGCUAUUAUUGCACUAUUUUGGUGUAUGCUUGACCUAAUAGGUACAAAUUUGUAUAAUUGAACUAUAUAUAUAUGCAUAUGAAGUGUAUUUGUGUUGAAUUAUAUUAAUUAAGGUUUAAUAACAACUAAAUGUGCGCUGAAGUAAGUAUAAUAUCAAAUUUUUUUUUUUUUGUUAUUUUAAUAAAAAAAAAUUUCAAAAUGCAAUUAUACUCCAAAAGAAUUCUUGAGAUUUUUGAAAACACUUUUUGAAACAAAUUUUGAAACAUGAUGCAGCAAUUCCUGAAUACCUGAAAUCAAAACAAUAUAAAUUAACAAAAAAUAUAUAGUGACAGUCAAUUUUCUUGUGAAUUGUAGAGGAUGUAUAUAGUAGAAAUGACAAUUAUAUAUGGCUGGAUGUAGU